GACUCCCCGUAGACCUCCAAGGUUACGUCGUCGGCAAAGCCGACGAUCUUGACCCCAGGAGGGAACUUCAGUCUCAGAACCCCGUCAUACAUGAGGUUCCAUAGCACCGGGCCUAGGAUCGAGCCCUGCGGGACUCCGGCGGUAAUCGGAACCCUUUUCUGACCGGCAUCGGUCUCGUAUAGCAGUACGCGGUUUUGGAAGUAACUUUCCAGGAUCCGGUACAGACCCACCGGUAGGCUAAGCCGGUGUAACGAGAGCGCGAUGGCAUCCCAGCUUGCGCUGUUGAAUGCAUUCUUCACGUCAAGUGUCACUAACGCACAGUAUCGAAUACCUCGCCUUUUUCGUUGGAUCGCUAUCUCGGCAGUAUUUAUCACUGAGUUGAGAGCGUCUGUUACGGUAUGUCCCGCUGACCCCUUCCAACUCCACGUUCGACCACCUGUCGGUGAAGGACAAUUUUGAUGUAGUGAGGACCAUUUGAAAUGGAAGGAUAGGAAAAGGGAAGAAGGACCGUUUGAAAUGGAAGGAUAGAAAAAAAGGAUCGUUUGAAAUGGUAGGAUAGAAAAAGAUAGACGUCAAGCACAGAUGAGAGGAAGAUAUAAGAAAAAAUAUAGAUGAAAUUUGUUAGAAGUUGAAAAUAUAGACCAUUGAAUUCGUGAACAUCACAAGCAAAAAUUUAAAUCCCGUAAGUAGAACCUACGUCGGAGAGGAAUUCUUUUAAUCCUUACCCUGAAUUAUAUUCCUUAACAGGUGAUAGUAGCACAAGAAUACUGUCGGUCAGAACGGACGGUGUCGGAUUGUUCAAGUUAAGGUUAGGACAAACGUGGCGUGAAUUUGUUCGCCCUGAAAAUUAACAUUUUGAUCCAAAUUAUAGCUUUAAACGGGAUAGUAUUCUACCUGCACAAUUGUUGGGAAGAAGAAGGAUUACGUAUUGAACCGAUCUUUUAGCUGAUUCAUGCUGAAAAGCCGUUUAUUCAAUCCACCCAACAAUCUAAAAGAUCGUCCAAGAUAACCACGAAGCAAUGCCGAAUUGUACAGGAAGUGCCCCCACCGUGGAAACACACUGUAACCAGUGUAAUGAACCUGACACGGAUCGGAUGGUAAGCUGUUGUCACUGUGAUUCGUGGUGGCAUUUUUCCUGUGUGGGUGUGAACGACAGCAUUGAUGCGACAGACCGACCGUUUACAUGCCCAAACUGUCAGAGACCGUCGGCACAGAUUCCGGUGAUUGAUGCACCCGGAAGCAAGGCUAACAGCAAAGCAGGAACGAGCACUUCAACCUGUAGUGCUGGAGCAAUAAGGGCUCGCCUACAGCUCGAGAGACUUGAGGCCCAGAAGGCUUUGGCGAUGAAGCGUAUAGAGUUGGAGCGCCGGGAGCACGAGCGGAAGAUGGAGCAAGAGAAGCAGAAAAAGGAAGCAGAGUUUGAGCGGAGGCAAUUGCAGCUAGAGCAGGCGGUAAUGAACGAGUCAUUCCGUUUGAGAGAGGUGAUUGACCUAGGUGGGGAAGGCGAUGAAGACAACCGGAGUGUCGCCUCAGUGCAGAGUUCCUUCAGCAAGGUACAGCAGUGGAAGGCCGCCCAUUCGACGUUGGUUGUCCCGACGGAGAAGGCUCCAGCUAUUGGUACGAGUAACGCGACGACCGCAACUGGAAUACAAGCUAGGCAGGAUGGCAUGCAGCAACCAACUAGCAUUAACGAGGGUAUUCUAGAAGCAGCGUUGGCAGGUAUUUCGUUAGGGCAGUCAGGGUUGGAGCCAACGUUAGGGGGUAUUAUCGGUCGAGCCGAAAGCACAACAGCGCCAAUAGUUGGUAGCGGUCAGGCUAACAUUUUCUCGGUUACCUCCGCGCUCGCCGGGCCUAGCAAAGGCAUCGCAAAUGUAAUCCCCAAGCAGCAUGCUUUCCAAAACUAUCCCUUUCCUCUCACCCAGCCUCCUCCAGCAGGCAAUUCGUUUGUCAUUCCGCGAGUUGGUAAUCCGAAUUUUGCAAUCGCCGCGCAAUCGACCGCAGUGAAUAGAGAUAGUGCAGGCCCAAUUAGAGGUCCAGUGACAGUGGAAGAAUUACUGGGAGGAGAGUAUUCCCAGUCGUACGCCGGCCAACCGUUACCGUCUGUGAUCCCCACUGAGCAAAGGUUUUCGAGAAGGCAGACGGUGCCACCAGGAAUCCAAUUGGGACCGCAGGAGCAACCACGGUUUGCGGAGUUCCAGGCUGGUGCGCAGCAACCUCCGUUGCAUGACGAGCAGGCGUAUUGGGGACCGACACCACGACAAUUGGCGGCAAGACACGUGAUGAACAAGGAGUUGCCAAUCUUUUCUGGUAAUCCGGAGGACUGGCCGCUAUUCAUUAGCUCGUACGUUAACUCUACUCAGACGUGCGGGUUUUCGAACGAGGAAAAUUUGGCGAGGUUGCAACGGUGUUUGAAGGGGCACGCACUUGAAUCGGUGCGGAGUCGACUGUUGCUACCGGCGAGCGUCCCAAAUGUUUUAGCUACGCUGGAGACACUUUAUGGUAGACCGGAAUUGUUGAUCCAUGCGUUGUUGCAGAGGAUCCGAGGGGUACCUGCGCCAAAACAGGAAAGACUAGAUACGCUAAUCGGUUUCGGUAUGGCGGUGCAGAAUUUUUGUGAUCAUCUGGAAGCCGGGAGGCAUGAAGCGCAUCUCAACAAUCCGAUGCUACUGUUCGAGUUGGUAGAGAAGCUUCCAGCACAUAUGAAACUGGACUGGUCGCUAUACAAGCAGCGCUGCGGGGAAGUGAACCUGCGUUCUUUCUCGCAGUAUAUGCAGACGCUCGUGCGAGCGGCAUCCGACGUGACCGUGAACUACGAUCCUAGGCCGCAACCUGUACAGCAGCCGCGAAUAGUGAAGGAGAAGAACGGAAAGGACAAAAACUUCUGCGGAACUCACUCAAUGGAGGAUUCUUCUUUGAUGGCGACGAACAAAGAAGCAUCUGGCGUUACGAUGCGCCCAUCAAGCCCAGCGUGUUUCAUUUGCAAAAACCCGGGGCAUCGGGUAAAAGACUGCUCAGAGUUCGACAAGAAAACGGUCGAUGAACGCUGGGAGACAAUACGCUGGGGUCCAGUGACAGUGGAAGAAUUACUGGGAGGAGAGUAUUCCCAGUCGUACGCCGGCCAACCGUUACCGUCUGUGAUCCCCACUGAGCAAAGGUUUUCGAGAAGGCAGACGGUGCCACCAGGAAUCCAAUUGGGACCGCAGGAGCAACCACGGUUUGCGGAGUUCCAGGCUGGUGCGCAGCAACCUCCGUUGCAUGACGAGCAGGCGUAUUGGGGACCGACACCACGACAAUUGGCGGCAAGACACGUGAUGAACAAGGAGUUGCCAAUCUUUUCUGGUAAUCCGGAGGACUGGCCGCUAUUCAUUAGCUCGUACGUUAACUCUACUCAGACGUGCGGGUUUUCGAACGAGGAAAAUUUGGCGAGGUUGCAACGGUGUUUGAAGGGGCACGCACUUGAAUCGGUGCGGAGUCGACUGUUGCUACCGGCGAGCGUCCCAAAUGUUUUAGCUACGCUGGAGACACUUUAUGGUAGACCGGAAUUGUUGAUCCAUGCGUUGUUGCAGAGGAUCCGAGGGGUACCUGCGCCAAAACAGGAAAGACUAGAUACGCUAAUCGGUUCCGGUAUGGCGGUGCAGAAUUUUUGUGAUCAUCUGGAAGCCGGGAGGCAUGAAGCGCAUCUCAACAAUCCGAUGCUACUGUUCGAGUUGGUAGAGAAGCUUCCAGCACAUAUGAAACUGGACUGGUCGCUAUACAAGCAGCGCUGCGGGGAAGUGAACCUGCGUUCUUUCUCGCAGUAUAUGCAGACGCUCGUGCGAGCGGCAUCCGACGUGACCGUGAACUACGAUCCUAGGCCGCAACCUGUACAGCAGCCGCGAAUAGUGAAGGAGAAGAACGGAAAGGACAAAAACUUCUGCGGAACUCACUCAAUGGAGGAUUCUUCUUUGAUGGCGACGAACAAAGAAGCAUCUGGCGUUACGAUGCGCCCAUCAAGCCCAGCGUGUUUCAUUUGCAAAAACCUGGGGCAUCGGGUAAAAGACUGCUCAGAGUUCGACAAGAAAACGGUCGAUGAACGCUGGGAGACAAUACAGAAACUCGGCUUGUGUCGGCUCUGUCUUGGAGCACACGGAAGGCGCCCCUGCAAGAAUCGCAAGCAAUGCGAUAUCGACGGGUGUCAACGGCGUCACCACCCUUUGCUGCACUCCAAACGGGACACAAAUGAAGCCCAGCAGGCCAGGGAAAACGGAAAGACGCCAGGAAAUGGCUGUAAGAAGUUUGGGAACGACGGAAAUUCGGCGAAGAAUGGGUCCAGGCAAGUAUCGAAUGAAGCUAAGCCAAGUAGUUCCAAAGCUGUCACCAACCAUCAUUCCGCUGGGAAGACUACGCUUUUUCGUAUUAUUCCAGUGACUUUGUAUGGGAACAAUCGAUCUGUGUCCGUGUAUGCUUUCUUGGACGACGGCUCGGAGAGAACGCUGAUUGACGAAGAGUUGGUAAAGGACCUUGGGGUUGUAGGAGAUCCGCAACCAUUGUGCUUGCAGUGGACGGCGAACGUGAAGAGGUCAGAAGCUAAUUCUCAACGGGUCGCAUUGGAAAUAGCAGGACGGUCAGGGGCAUCCAAACAUUCUUUGUCGGACGUGCGCACCGUAAGCAAGCUGGACUUACCACGACAAUCCUUGCGGUACGCGGAACUCGCAGAAACCUUUCCGUACCUAAAGGGCCUACCGAUCGAUGAUUACGAUCAAGCGGUACCGCGCAUCCUCAUCGGAAACGACAACGCUCACGUUACAUCGACACUCAAGCUACGAGAUGGCCGACCGGGAGAGCCGAUAGCAGCAAAAUCACGUUUGGGAUGGACGGUUUACGGAUCCAACCAGGACAAGUCAGGGGAUAUCGUUCAUAGUUUCCACAUAUGCGAGUGCCAGGAGGCCGAGCAGACCCUACAUGAGCUCGUGGAGAAGUUUUUCUCAGUCGAGAGUCUGGGAAUAAUGGAAGUCGCCCAUCCUGAGUCCGCGGAAACUCAACGAGCAAAUCGGAUCCUGAUGGAAACUACUAAGCGGGUCGGACAGCGAUUCGAAACUGGGCUUCUCUGGAAGUACGAUAGCUUCGAGUUCCCGGACAGCUACCAGAUGGCGGUUCGACGACUGCAGUGUUUGGAAAGGCGUAUGCAGAGGGAUUUACUCAUCGGCGAAAGUGUGAGGAGACAGCUUUCUGAGUAUCAAGCGAAAGGGUACAUACACAAAGCGACCCGGAAGGAGCUCGAUGAUUCAGAUCCACGGCGUACGUGGUACUUACCUUUAGGAGUGGUCAUCAAUCCCAAGAAGCCGUCCAAGGUUCGUAUCUUCUGCGAUGCAGCGGCCAAAGUGGAUGGAGUCGCACUCAACACGAUGCUGUUGAAAGGGCCGGAUCUGCUAAAUACGUUGCUCACUGUUCUAUACGGUUUCCGGGAGAAACGGGUCGCUCUGUGCGCGGAUCUGAAGGAGAUGUUUCACCAGAUUUGGAUUCGACGAGAAGAUCGACAUGCGCAACGACUGCUUUGGCGAGAUGAUCCUACACAAGCCCCCGAUGUGUAUUUGAUGGACGUCGCAACGUUUGGUGCAACGUGUUCACCGUGUUCGGCACAAUUCGUGAAGAAUUUGAACGCUAAGGAGCAUUCAAGACAGUAUCCAGUUGCAGCCGACGCAAUUAUCCGGAAGCACUACGUGGAUGACUACUUGGACAGCGCUGACGACGUUGACGAAGCGGUGAAGCUGGCACAUGAAGUCAAACUGGUCCACUCUCUCGGCGGAUUCCAUCUGCGGAACUGGCUUUCAAAUUCCACCGAGGUUCUCGCACGGGUCGGGGAGAGAGACCCAGUCACAGAAAAGUGUCUCCAGCUGGACAAGAACAGUUCAACCGAACGCGUGCUCGGGAUGUACUGGAAGCCGGUCGACGAUGUCUUCACGUUUACAACGACGCUAGCGGUGGGUGCGGAGCAUCCAACUAAGCGCCAGGCACUGCGAGUAGUGAUGAGCCCAUUCGAUCCGGCAGGAUUGUUGUGUUUUUUCCUCAUACACGGCAAGGUACUAAUCCAGGAGCUGUGGAGGGCGAAGACGACAUGGGAUCAACUAAUUCCGGAGGAGUUACUUGGGAAGUGGAUGCGGUGGACGAGUUUGUUCAAACAUCUGGACCAGAUUAGCAUUCCGCGUUGCUACUUUCCGCAACGUUCGGUGAAAGAUAUCUUGUCGCUGCAACUGCAUAUCUACGUGGAUGCUAGCGAAGAAGCUUAUGCGUGUGUCGCUUACUUUCGGGCGGUAUUUCCGGAUGGGAUUUCUGUUGCGUUAGUCGGUGGGAAAUCCAAGGUGGCUCCACUGAAGGCACACUCCAUCCCACGGUUGGAGUUGAUGGCGGCGGUAAUCGGAGUACGCUUGAUGAAGACCAUCCUCACUGGGCACUCGCUCGUAGUCGAGAAGACAGUGUUAUGGUGUGACUCUAAGACGGUGCUGGCUUGGAUAAAUUCAGAUCAUCGAAGAUAUCGCCAGUUCGUAGCUUGCCGAGUAGGUGAGAUUUUGUCCAAGUCGGAGGCGAAGCAAUGGCGUUGGAUAUCAUUGAGAAAGAACGUCGCCGACGAUGCGACAAAGUGGGGAAAAGGGCCGUGUUUGUCCUCAGGCGGCCGUUGGUUCCGUGGUGACAACGAUUUAUAUUUGCCAGAAGAUCAAUGGACCGUAGAUGCAGAUUCAGUCGGCGCGACGACUGAUGAAGAGCUGAGGUCGUGUUUGGUGCACAAGGAGGUUAUCGUACCGCCACAACUUGUGAGGUGGGAGCGAUUCUCGAAACUGACGCAUUUGUAUCGAUCGGUAGCACAUGUUCAUCGCUACGUACAAAAUCUACGGCGAACGGUAAAACGAGAGACUCGACUGGACGGACCACUCACUCAAGAGGAAUUAGCAACAGCCGAAACCACAAUCUUUCGUUGGGUGCAGUGUGAGCAGUAUCCGGACGAGGUGGCGACUUUGUCAGUAAUGCGGGACAAGCAGCCAGGACAACAGGCGCGGCUAGAGAAAACCAGCAAAAUAUACAAACUGUCUCCGUACUUGGACGAAGCAGGUGUUAUUCGUUCUGAUGGAAGGAUAUCUGCUGCGACCGUCGCCGCGUUUGACACUAAGUUUCCAGUAAUAUUGCCGAAAGCCCAUCCAGUGACUAGACUGCUGGUUGAAUGGUACCACCAACGAUUUCUUCACGCCAAUGGCGAGACUGUCGUGAACGAAGUGAGACAGCGUUUCCACAUAUCGCAGCUGCGCCCGUUCGUGCGUAAGGUGGCUAAAGAGUGCGCCUUGUGUAAAGUCAAGAAGCCAAGUCUGGCGACACCCCGAAUGGCUCCACUCCCGGCGGCCAGGUUGCAGGCGUACGUACGUCCAUUUUCCUACGUAGGCGUCGACUAUUUCGGGCCGAUCGGCGUGCGGGUGAACCGAAGUAUUGCAAAACGAUGGGUAGCUCUGUUCACGUGUAUGACCACACGAGCAAUCCAUCUCGAAGUCGCUCACACACUUUCAACGGAAUCUUGCAAGAUGGCGAUCAGGCGUUUCAUCGGACGCAGAGGAGCACCUGUGGAGAUCCGCAGCGACAGGGGCACAAAUUUCGUGCGAUCGAGCAACGAACUUAAGCAGGAGAUGGGCAAAAUCGAGCGCCAGCUUGCCGAAACGUUCACCAACGCGAACACGAAAUGGGUGUUUAACCCACCUGGAUCACCUCACAUGGGUGGCGCCUGGGAGCGUCUAGUGCGGUCGGUGAAAACCGCUCUUGCUGCAAUGGAGUCUUCUCGAACGCCGAACGAAGAAACGCUGGCAACGUUGCUAGUGGAAGCUGAGAGUGUGGUCAAUUCGAGACCGCUAACAUAUAUUCCUCUGGAGACGGCGCAACAGGAGGCUCUAACACCGAACCACUUUCUUCUAAUGAACUCGAGCGGCGUAACGCAGACUCCGAAGACGCUUACGGAUCCAAGACAAGCCUGCAGGAACGACUGGAAUCUAUGCCGUACAAUGGUAGAUCAGUUUUGGCGCCGGUGGGUGCGAGAAUAUCUUCCUACCAUCGCACGUCGUACCAAGUGGUUUGAGGAGACGAAACCGAUCGAGGUAGGUGAUUCGGUGAUCAUCGUAGAGGAGAAGAUACGCAACGGAUGGAUUCGAGGACGUGUAGCCAAGGUCGUGGUGGGCCGAGAUGGGCGAGUUCGCGAUGCCGUGGUGCAGACUCCCGACGGAAUGGUGCAUCGACCUGUAGCAAAGCUGGCGCGAAUCGACAUAGAAAAGGUGGGACUUCAGCCGGGAACAGCAGAAGGUAAAGCUGAACCGGAGAUAGCUAACCAGCCUUACGGGUCGGGGAGUGUUACGGUAUGUCCCGCUGACCCCUUCCAACUCCACGUUCGACCACCUGUCGGUGAAGGACAAUUUUGAUGUAGUGAGGACCAUUUGAAAUGGAAGGAUAGGAAAAGGGAAGAAGGACCGUUUGAAAUGGAAGGAUAGAAAAAAAGGAUCGUUUGAAAUGGUAGGAUAGAAAAAGAUAGACGUCAAGCACAGAUGAGAGGAAGAUAUAAGAAAAAAUAUAGAUGAAAUUUGUUAGAAGUUGAAAAUAUAGACCAUUGAAUUCGUGAACAUCACAAGCAAAAAUUUAAAUCCCGUAAGUAGAACCUACGUCGGAGAGGAAUUCUUUUAAUCCUUACCCUGAAUUAUAUUCCUUAACAGGUGAUAGUAGCACAAGAAUACUGUCGGUCAGAACGGACGGUGUCGGAUUGUUCAAGUUAAGGUUAGGACAAACGUGGCGUGAAUUUGUUCGCCCUGAAAAUUAACAUUUUGAUCCAAAUUAUAGCUUUAAACGGGAUAGUAUUCUACCUGCACAAUUGUUGGGAAGAAGAAGGAUUACGUAUUGAACCGAUGUAAGUAGCGUAUAAGUUUCAUAGGGCAUUUCAUUAAUAAAGCUCCACAGCUUUUAGCUGAUUCAUGCUGAAAAGCCGUUUAUUCAA